UCCGCGCGGGGACUGGAGCCGGGCGUCCACGGUGACGCCUCCGGGAGCCUCCGGGUCGGGGCAGCGGCGGCGCUUGGGCUCCUCCUGGGCCGCCUGCUAGCCCCGCGCCCCACCCCAUCUCCGCGGCGGGGGGCGGGCCAGCGCGGCUGGGUGGGCCAAGGAGUCAGGUGAGUUAUGCGCCGGGUGGCAAGAAACCGCAUCCUCCCCUCCCUCUACACCCGGUCCUGACCCUUCCCCCAGCCUGGGCCCCCGAGCUGGAAUGGGAGAGGCUUCCAGGAGAGGACGGAGGCUAGAGGGCCGGCUGGCGUCCACUUCUCUUCACUGCACUUGAACUGCCCCCCUCCCAGCACCCCGCCGGGAGAUGCCAGCUGUAUUCCUGGUGUUGUCAAGAGAGGACACCUUAUCUUCGACACCUGGAAUUCUGUUUGUAUAGAGCGGGGCCGUUUCCCUGCACCCCCGCCACCCCGUCUGGAACCUUCCGUCGAGGAACCUUUCUAUUCAGAUUUAAUGAAAGGAAGCUCUAGGCCAACUGGGAAAGGACAGAGAGAAAUGAAGAGAGGAGGGGAAGACAGACUGAGGGAGAGAAAGGUAGAUACCUGCAGACCUGCUUCACCACCUGUGAAGUGACUCGCCUCCCCUGCAGAAUCCAGGGACUCCUUUUGUUCUUUCUCCACAUCGUUUGAUGGGAGGCAUUAUGGCCCCUAAAGACAUAAUGACAAACUCUCACGCUAAGUCCAUCCUCAAUUCAAUGAACUCCCUCAGGAAGAGUAAUACCCUCUGUGAUGUGACAUUGAGAGUGGAGCAGAAAGACUUUCCUGCCCACCGAAUUGUGCUGGCUGCUUGUAGCGAUUACUUCUGUGCUAUGUUUACUAGUGAGCUUUCAGAGAAGGGGAAACCUUACGUUGAUAUCCAAGGUUUAACUGCCUCUACCAUGGAAAUCCUCCUGGACUUUGUGUACACAGAAACAGUACAUGUGACUGUGGAGAAUGUACAGGAGCUACUUCCUGCAGCCUGUCUGCUCCAGCUGAAAGGUGUAAAGCAAGCAUGCUGUGAGUUCUUAGAAAGUCAGCUGGACCCUUCUAAUUGCCUGGGUAUCAGGGAUUUUGCCGAAACUCAUAAUUGUGUUGACCUCAUGCAAGCAGCUGAAGUUUUUAGCCAGAAGCAUUUUCCUGAAGUCGUCCAGCAUGAAGAAUUCAUUCUUCUAAGUCAAGGAGAGGUGGAAAAACUAAUCAGGUGUGAUGAAAUUCAGGUGGAUUCUGAAGAGCCGGUCUUUGAGGCUGUGAUCAAUUGGGUGAAACAUGCCAAGAAGGAGCGGGAAGAGUCCUUGCCUGACCUGCUGCAGUAUGUCCGCAUGCCCCUGCUGACUCCCAGGUACAUCACGGACGUCAUCGAUGCUGAGCCUUUCAUCCGCUGUAGUUUACAGUGCAGAGAUCUCGUUGAUGAAGCAAAGAAGUUCCAUCUGCGGCCUGAACUCAGAAGCCAGAUGCAGGGGCCCAGGACCAGGGCGCGUCUGGGAGCCAAUGAAGUGCUUCUGGUGGUUGGGGGCUUUGGAAGCCAGCAGUCUCCCAUUGAUGUGGUAGAGAAAUAUGACCCCAAGACCCAGGAGUGGAGCUUUUUACCAAGCAUCACUCGUAAGAGACGCUACGUAGCCUCAGUGUCCCUCCAUGACCGGAUCUACGUAAUUGGCGGCUAUGAUGGCCGUUCCCGCCUCAGUUCAGUGGAAUGUCUGGACUACAUGGCAGAUGAGGAUGGGGUUUGGUACUCUGUAGCCCCCAUGAACGUCCGGCGAGGCCUUGCUGGAGCCACCACCCUAGGAGAUAUGAUCUAUGUCUCUGGAGGAUUUGAUGGAAGCAGGCGGCAUACCAGCAUGGAGCGAUACGACCCAAACAUUGACCAGUGGAGCAUGCUAGGAGACAUGCAGACAGCCCGGGAAGGCGCUGGGCUAGUAGUGGCUAGCGGAGUGAUCUACUGUCUAGGAGGAUAUGAUGGCUUGAAUAUCUUAAAUUCAGUUGAGAAAUAUGAUCCCCAUACAGGACACUGGACUAACGUUACACCAAUGGUCACCAAGCGUUCAGGUGCAGGAGUAGCUCUGCUGAAUGAUCAUAUUUAUGUUGUGGGGGGAUUUGAUGGUACAGCCCACCUUUCAUCUGUUGAAGCCUAUAAUAUUCGCACUGAUUCCUGGACAACCGUCACGAGUAUGACCACCCCACGAUGCUAUGUAGGGGCCACAGUACUUCGGGGGAGACUCUACGCAAUUGCAGGCUAUGACGGGAAUUCUCUGCUGAGCAGCAUUGAGUGCUAUGACCCUAUCAUCGACAGCUGGGAUGUAGUGACAUCCAUGGGAACCCAGCGCUGUGAUGCUGGCGUGUGCGUCCUGCGAGAGAAGUGAUCGUCAUUGGAGCAGCAUCCAGAGCUAGCGGCCAAUAAGGGAACAGUUUGCAGGAGAAUCGAGGAUCCUUUCCAGAUUGUCUGUUUCUCGCUGUGUGCACAGGGAGAUAACAGGCACCAGUGCAGUUACGAUUGUACUUACUUGACACACAGUCUGCCAUGCACUGGUGGUUGUCCCCAAGGAGAGUGGGGAAUAAGUACCCAAGGGAGGAGAACAUGAAUUGAAUGAAUGUCAGAGGCUAGAUCAACUCUUCUGGUCUGAGGAGCACUUUUUGUUGAUUCAAACUGACCGUGUUCUUGGGAGAAUAUAUGUGUGUAUUUGUUUUGCUUCAUGUUGCAGAGAAUUGAGUCUGACUGGCCAAAUGUUGUGGACAGUAUCUAGCCUAGAUGAAUGGGAGGACACCAACCUGAGUGAGCUUGGUUAAUGCCAAGUCUUCUUGUUUUCCAGGAACAGAUGUCCCUCAAUGUCUCGACAGAGCUAGGAGAACACAAUUCCAUUCUGUAGGAAAACAAAUAGGAGAGAACCCCAUCAAAACUGUGGGGGCCGAGGGAUAUUCCCUUAGAGAACAGGAUUGGUAUAUCUGAACUGAAGUUCCAGUGCAAGUCAAGUGAGCUGAACCCGAUGAAAUGUCAGUGAACCUAGAUCCCCAUUGAAGUAUAUAAUGUGGAAGAUUGAGAAGAGUUUAUCUUUCUGAAAGGUCUUCUCUCCCCCCCCCCCCCCCCCGCCCCAUGUCACACCUGCAGUCUUGGUACAGGAGAGAAACUAGCAGUAAAUAAGUGUGGAGAUAGAUGGAUGGAAGUAAUGUGGGAGUUCAGUGUGCCUAGGGACAAACCAGAAGUACUUGUGAUUUAACAAUCGUUUAGUCCCUGCCAGGACUUGUCAGUCCAUGGCAAGGUUUACCUUGAAUAGGUAAGAGACUGACUGUCUUUGUUGAAUCAAACACUACUAUUACUAUUAUACUUCCGUACUAUUUAUUUGGGCCUGGGGUGGGGGUGAUAGCAGCCUAGGAAUUCAGCUAUAUGAUUAUUGACCCCAUCCUUUUUAAGGGUGCACUUAUGCUAAGGAGUGGUUUUUACUGCUGUGUUUGGUGCAUUUAGUCUUUUUCCUGUUAUAAAGUACCCUUACCUGUGUUUAGAGAGGAUUUUACUCAUCCCAGCACAGAAUAAUCAAGGACAGACAGAAUUCUUUAGUUGACUCCAGUAUCACCUGUCACCACUCCUGAGCUACAAUUCAAGGCUCUUCUGUGUUGCUGAGUGAAAUUCUUGCCUUAUAGAUAUUGGGAGUGUGGACAUGUGAUCACCUAAACAAGGAUGUCCUUUUUCCUUUACUCUGAUGUUCCAUUUCUCCCUCUCUUCCUGCAUUGUAUUAACCUAAAGAGUUCAUUUCCUUUGUAUUUUUUUAAGAAAAUAAAAAAUCAAGUGUCUCUAA